AUGGCGGGGAUCCCGGUGAUCGACCUGCUGCUCGCCCCGGCGGCGCCGGAGGAGGCUGCGCGGCUGCGGGACGCGGCCCAGCGCCUGGGCUGCUUCCGGGUGGCAGGCCACGGCGUGCCGCGCGCGCUCCAGGACGACAUGAAGGCCGCCGUGCGCGCCCUCUUCGACCUGCCCGACGACGCCAAGCGCUGCAACGCCGACGUCAUCUCCGGCAGCGGCUACGUCGCGCCAACCGCCACGAACCCGCUCUACGAGGCGUUCGGCCUCUACGACGCCGCCUCCCGCGCCGACGUCGACGCCUUCUGCGCCUCUCUCCACGCGCCACCGCACAUCAGGGAGACCAUCAGGAGAUACGCGGAGAAGACGCACGAGCUAAUCGUGGACGUGGCGGCGAAGCUGGCCGCGAGCCUCGGCCUGGAGGAGUCCGAGUCGCACCGCAUGUUCCAGGACUGGCCGUGCCAGUUUCGCAUCAACAGGUACAAGUACACGCCGGACACCGUGGGGGAGACCGGCGUGCAGGUCCACACGGACUCCGGCUUCCUCACGGUGCUCCACGAGGACGACCGCGUCGGCGGCCUCGAGGUGGCGGACCCGGACACCGGCGAGUUCGCGCCCGUGGACCCGGUCCCAGGCACCUUCCUCGUCAACCUCGGCGACGUCGCCACGGCGUGGAGCAACGGGGCGCUGCACAACGUGAGGCACCGCGUGCAGUGCGUGGCGGCCGUGCCGCGCGUCUCCAUCGCGCUCUUCUUGCUGGCGCCCAAAGACGACGUGGUCCGCGCGCCGGACGCCUUUGUCGGCGCCGGCAGCCACCGCCUCUUCAGGACAUUCGGCUACGACGACUACCGCCGGCUCCGGCAGUCCACCGGGGAGCAUGCCGGCGAGGCCCUGGCGCGGUUGGCCGCGUGA